AUGACUUCGUCUGAGAAGGUAUCAGCACUCGUGGGUUUGAAAAGAACAUGUGUUGGCAAAACAAAUCUGAUUAAUCUUGCGUGGAAGGAUCUUGAAGAACAUUUAGAUUCUUCAGAAAAAGCCUAUAAUGAUGCGAUCAUUGACCUCCAGCUCAGAGAGGAUGGUUUGAAUUCUACCCGUAAAUCCAUUGAAGAAAGUAAAGUAGAAAUUGAGUUGUUAGAUAAGUCGGUUGAGUCCCGUUUGGAUAAAUUGCUGCAGAGGGAGAAGCAAGCUGAAGAUUUGGAUCUUAAGGAGAGAGUACUUAAUGAUCGCUUCAAAAGGCUUGAUGAGAUCCAAAAACUGCAUGAGGAGACAGGACAGGCAAACAAAAUGAGAGGUAAAGAACUUGAUUCUCUUGAAGCCUCCUUCAAUCGAUCUCUUAAUGAAUUCCAUUUGAAAGAGAAGUAUUUUAAGUUGGACAAGGAAAAGUUAGAUCUGAACAUGAAAGAGCUUGGACUUAAACAAGAGGAACUUGAGGAGAAGUUGAAAGAAAUUGACAAGACUCGAGAAUCUGUAGAUCACCAUGUUAAGGAAGUUGAAAUGGAAAGGAAUCGUCUUCAUGAACAAAGGAGGGAUCUUGAGUUAAAAGAACAACAGUUGACUUCACAUAUCACGGUUGAGAAAGUGAAAGAGAACCUGACCGAACUUGCCAAUUUAGAUAACAGUACUACUGCAGAGGAGGAACUAAUUGCCUUGCAAACUGUUAUCAAAUGCAUUGUUGAUCGAGGACAUCAAUUAUUGUUUCCAGUCAAGCCCCUUAUGGAACGAGUUUCCAAGUUGCUACAGAAAAAGACUGGUGAGAAAAAACGCCCUGCAUCUUUCCCUGAUUCAAACUCGGAAUCUCACAGGGUCAAGAAAGAUUGCAGUGAUGUCUCCAUUCAUGAAACAAACAACCAGAUCGUCGCGAUCACUUUAUCCAAAAAUUCAUCCGAUAAAUCUGGAAAAAUCUGGAAGAGGUUCGAGUACGAGUGGAGGUACGAGUACGAGUGGAGGUACGAGUACGAGUGGAGGUACGAGUUGAAGUGA